UGUUUCCGGUGAGGAAGCGGAGUCGAGCGCGCGGAUCGUCCACGGGCGCGCGCAUUGACAGACAGCGGCCACCGUCGUCAGCGCCGCUGGACCCGACACCGACACCGAGCCGACACCGACAGGUGAUCGGCCCCAGUGCAGCUCGCUGAUGCCAUGGACGCCUGCGCCCGUAUUAGAGGAGUCCCCAUCAGGUCCAGGGCCUCGGUCCGGAAAGAGACUGUGCGGGACAGUGGGGCUCAGUGUGUGAAGAGCCUCUUCAGGAACAAAAAGGAACUGUGCAGCGUCGGACUGGAGCUGCCGACCAGAGACGCCACAAGACUCACCGAGAUUCACUUUGUGUGUCUGCCUGGACAAUGUGAAGGGGAAGAAGUCACCCAGCAGGCUCUGAUAUCUCUGCCCCCGGGGUUGCGCGAGCUCCUCAGGUCGCUGCACGUCGACGGCCUCAAGAAUGACGAGGUGCUGCUGCUCAGAGACUCGCGCAGGCUGGCGGAGCACAAAGACGCCGGACAUCAGUGUUGGUUGAAAGCCGUGUGUGUGCUGAGGCACAAUCCCAGCACCGGCCUCUACCCUCAGGCCAGCGUAGCCUCUUUGCUGGGCCUGCUCGGGUGCUACGUGGCGGGUGUCCGCUACGCUUUGGAGCUCCAUGCUCUUCAGCGAGGCAGAGCUGAGCCCAGUCAGCCCGAGGAGGACGACACCAACCAGUCUGUCUCGUCGAUCGAGGACGACUUCGUCACGGCCCUGGAACACCUGGAGGAGGACGACACAGGAGACAAUCCCUCAGCAGCUACCUAUUGUCGUUUUAAAAAGCGUGAUGUGGCAUCACAGACGGUCCCAGCCCACAAGAGAAGAAAAGAAUUAGCAGGCUCCCGCGUUAUCGUAAGCUCAUCUUCGAAGAAGAGUUCCGCCAAACACAAGCCAGGUCCAGACGUGUCCGUCACCGUGCAGAAGUCGUCGGGUCUGGAAUCGCAGUGGACUUACUGCAGUCCCGGAGCUCGACUCCCUUCGCCUUUGAUCUACGUCAGUGAAUCAGAAGAGUCGGACGGCUCCAGCCCCAGUCCCAUCAUUUUCCUGGACGAGGUCGGCUACCAGAAGAGUCUGUUGGCCAAGCUGGACAUCCCCCAGGUGCCGGGAGGCCCCAGGGAGCGAGUGGAAGACUCUGACUCUGAAGUCAGUGAAUUCUUUGACAGUUUCGAUCAGUUCGACGACCUGGAGGAGCUGAGCUCGGAGAGCUGCACCCUUGCGCUGCCUCUGGACACCGUCACUGAGCCAACCGCGCAGAAGAAGAGCGUUGAGUCUGGCACCAAUGUGUCGGCAUCCAAAUACGUUUCCAGGGGGUGCUCGACCAAGGGUAUGAAUCCUCACCGCUUCGACCAGCCCACUCUCCCAGCCAAUGUGAAAAAACCCACACCUCUGAAACCAGGCUCUCCCUACUCGCUUCACCCCGAGGUGCCCGACUCACCUCGACCGGUGCAGACGCCCUCCGAGGAAAACGGUGGCCCGCUCUUCAGUCCUGUCAGCUCCUCAGCCUUCAGCCCUCUGGUGGACUCGAGUGGACCGCUGGAAUACUUCUGGAAGACGGACGAGGAGGCCCCGGACAGCUCGGAGCUACGUAAACCCCAGGAUCUUUGCUCUCUGUACAAGACCUACUCGGACUUUGCCAGCAGUCUGUCCAAAGAAAUCCUGGGAUCCGUGUGCGGCUACCAGUCUGCCGUCGACAUCAGCGACAACAAGAAUCUCAGCUGCGUCUGCCACAAGGAAUUCGAGAACCCAUCGGGUUACCUGAUGAAGCUCUCCGAGAUACAGGAGACCGUGACGGUGGACAAGCUGCAGACGAAGUCCCAGUCUCUGAAGGAUGGCAUCCAGAGGUUUGCCACUGACCUGGUGGAAAUGAGCCUGGGCAGCGCCUUGCGCGACAUCCAGAAAGGUGUGUCCUCCUGUACCACCACCUUGUGUCACCUAGCCGCGAGGCUCACCUCGUCAGUGUUUCAGAUGGCCUUCCACGAGAUCGGGAUGCGCCGCGCCUACGUAUUGAAGGAACGAGCGGUCAGUGGAUUGGCUGGUUUCCUGGUCGGAGAGGCCGUGUCCGGGGCACUGAAGGAGUUCCUGACAGUGAAAAAGCAGAUUUUCCACAGCACGGUGACGCGCUUCGCUGCUGACCUGGCUGAAGAGCUCGUGUUUGAAGGCAUCAUGGAAGUGUGUCAAUUCUCCCACCCCUCAACUCCUCUCACCCCUAGUGACUGGUCCUUCAGGCAGGAAGACGAUGAAGAAGAGGAGGAGGAGGUGGUUUCCUCCUAUGCUUCAGAUUUGUCUGAGUCUGUUAUCCAGGAUGCCUUCAUAGAGCUCUCUCAGGCUGAUGUCGCCUUCACCAGCCAAGCCGCUAUCAGUGUGUCUUUGGACAACAUCUGCUACGUCAGUGCCGAGAGUACAGACUCUAGCACCUGCAGCACCUUUGCUAACCAGCAGGUGUUAAGUGCCAGCUCGGCUGCAGCAGUUCCAGGGCCCUCAGGCGAGGACGUUACCUGCACGGUGAAGAAAGCCUUGUUCACUGUCUCGGGCAUGGCCAGUUGUAUUCCGGUGCCCCAAGCCGGCCAAGCCCUCUCCCACCUCCAUGAGUCUGAGGAGACCGAUCAGUGUCAGAGGUCCAGUUCUUCAGAAACCCCACACUCCAGCCCGAAAAGAAUAACUUCCUCUGACUCCACCACAUCUACGGAGACUCCCCUUUUCAGUCAUGAAACUCAGACCGCCAUAGCUGGAGUAGGAGGCCCCUCCCAAGGAAAGUCCUCAUUCCAAAACUUCUCUGGCAACAUGGUGGACAUGAUAGUAACUGAGGCUUGUGAGCUUAUGACCGCUUCUAAGAUGAAGAGGAGUUUCGGUGACUGCGCUGAUUUCUUCACAAAGACAAUGGGAAGCCGAAGGGAUAGCUCUUCCAAGCCAGAGAUGGUAAAUUACGAGGCGCCAGAAUCCCCUUCAGAGCAGGUAGCUGGAUUGGAUUGUACAGAUUCGCGUUAUGUGAGGAAGGGCGGACCUGUCGAGCCAGCAGCAGGCUCUCAAAGCCCAGGGAGAGCCAGCUGUGAGGUAGAGCCAAGAACCAGAGGAGUGGUUGAAACUCAUCCUGUCAUGAUGCAUACUCUUGACGUGCCGGGUACUGAGAUGGGUGGACAAAGGAGGAUGUCUGUUCCUGUGGAUGACUCAGCUCAAAGUUCCGGCCAGAAGUCUGGUGGGACUCCUGGCACUCCUCCCUCUACCCCUCAGCAGCCCAGCGAGGUGUCCAAGGAGAAACAGAUCAAACAGUUCUCUAAGAAGCUGAAAACCAAACUGUCCAAGGAAUUCUCCCCUGCUACCCCGCCUUCGACCCCUCACCAACAGCCCGAGCCUGGCCCGGGGCCGAAAGACAUCACCCCAGAGGAGGACAAGGCCGAGUUUAUGCUCAAACUGAUGAGGUCUCUCUCCGAGGAGGCGGAUGGCAACGAGGAUGAAGAGGAGGAAGAGUUGGCGGACGGCGUCGGUAACAGAUGUUUGGAGACAGGAGGCGGCCGGCAUGAACUGAACCAGAUGUCCACUCGCAGAAUGUCCAACAAAGAGUCCCUCCACUACGCCGAGCGGUUGGCGUGUCACAUUGUCUCCAUGGCAACAGAGAUGGACACGCUGGGAGUAGCAGAGGAGGGGGAGACGAGCGAGGGCAGCGAGAGGAUAAGGAGAGACAGCGUAGCCCAGUUCUCGGAGCAGACGCUCAACACCUUGUGGGUGUACGCCGGCGAGGUGGCGGGUGAGGUGAUCAACGACGUGAAGAGGAUGGUGAGCUCCGGUCAACAGUGUCCAUAUCACAGAGCGCUCCGAAGAAGAAGCUUGGACAGAGCCAGCUCCGAAUGUUUGCACCACCAUCACCACCAACACCAGUCUCAACUCGGCUCAGACCAGAACAGAGACUGGCGGGUCGGGAGGCUAGCCGAGCAGUGGUCCAGUGACCUGAUAGCCUCCGUCUUCCGGUCUCCCACGUCCACCUCGAGCACCUUCUCCAGCUCCAGCUCCGGCCUUUCCUCGGAGUAUCCCAGCUGUGAGAGUGUGACAGACGAAUAUGCCGGCUAUCUCAUCAGGGUGCUGAAAAAGGAGGGCGGGAGUAGGGAGUUGGUCCUUGACCAGUACGCGAGCCGCUUGGCCUACCGCUCCAUAAAACUAGGCCUGGCUCAUGCCAGUCGCAAGAUCAAGCAGAGGACCCCGAGCUUGCGCCUUCACUCCUCCAAGUCGCUGCCAGAUGAAUGGAAAGCAUCCACUAGUGAGGCCUCAUUGCUGCCCAAGGACGGUAGUGUGGAGUCCGUGGCGAGUCGCUCGGGAGAAGAUGCUCAGUGUUGUUGCAGUGACUCCGAGGAGCAGAGUCAGCGGGAGUACAUGGACCUGGUCAACUUUGCAGAGUCUUUAGCUUACAACAUCACCUGCGACGUCACACGCAAGCUGCAUCUGUCCUCCGCACGACUGCCCAAGUCCCUCACCGACUCCUGUCUUUAUAAGAAGUCCAAACUGGAAGGCAUGGCAGAGAAUCUCAUCAGGAACUCCUUCUCCUGCCCUCUGCUGUCCAAGGAGGGUAAGAGCAGGCACUACCACAGCACGGGAAGCCUGUACGACGGCGGCUACAGCAGCGGGGUGAUGCAGGUCAUUGAGCAUUACGCCAGGAAAAUAGUUGAUGACACUUUGAAGAUGAGCCUGUCUUCAGUUGGACUUUCGCCCAGGGAGCAUCAGAGGACACCGGGCCACGACAGACACUCGCACACCCAGAGACUGUCGGAGGGGCCAGCAGGGGGCCCGGCUCUGGGGGAGCGGACAUGCCGCUACUGUCUGGUGCAGGAGUGUCCGUACUGCAGCAAACACGGCACGCACCACCAGCCUGCAUCACAGAGGAGGAAGCGAGGGUCCGAGUGUCAGGCGAGGGCCGAGCGGCUCUCCGGCAUGGACAUUCCCAAGAUCCACAUUGACCUGGACCACAGGGCAGCGUUCGCGGAGGAGAUGGUGUCCACGGCAAUGGAGACAGCCAAACGUGAGCUGAGCAACACCAGCCUCAACGCCGACAGUGGCAUCGGUCACGAUGGCGCCAGCUACGCCGAGAGUCUGACUGCUGAGAUCAUGACGUCGGCCAUGUCCAACAUCUGCCAGGCGACCAGCAUCAGCUCUCCAGGAAGGGAAGCCACCGAGUCCACCGUGUCCCAGCAGCUGAGCGUCGGAGACGACAGUCUCGGCAGCUGGUCCAACCUGAGCUUCGAGGACGAGCACCCGGACGACAACAGCAGCUUCCUCCACCUAAGUGACAGCAGCAAUGGGAACAGCAGUAGCUGGAGCAGUCUGGGCCUGGAGGGGGAGGCGUGUGAGGAGCGCAUGUCCUUCUCCCCCUCGGACAGUGACAACACAGAGGACAAGGAGACCGAGGUCAAAGAGGAAUCCAGUGGGACCGUGUGUGUGGACCGGACUCAGGUGCAGACGCCCAGGACGACAACGUCAACGCCAUUGGUCAUUGUCAACUCGGACGUCCGGGAGCUGCGGCGCGGCCCCCAGCACCUGAGUCUCGACCCGCAGCUCCGGAGCAUGCUGCAGUGGCUGGCGGCCUCCAUGGUCGACACGCCCCAGAUCCAGCUGGGUCCCGACCGGGAGCUGCAGCAGCUGCCGGCGGUGGUCCAGCGGCUGCGGGAGAGGAGGUGGCGGGUCGGGGAGCUGCUGCACAUGCUGCUGCGUUACUGCGAAGAGAGUCCCACGCUCGGCCCGGCCCCGGCCAGGGAGGAGGCACCGCAGGGGGGCAGAGAGCCGCACCGCGUCCCCCUCUUCCAGUGGCUCCUGGAGCACGCCUAGGAGCUCUCCUCGUCUCGUCUCGUCUCCUCUACUCUCCUCUCGUCUCUUCUCCUCCUUUUUCUCCUUUCCUCCCCCCUCCUCUCCUGUCCCCUCAUCUCGUCUCCUCUAGUCUCCUCUCAUCUCCUCUCCUGUCCCC